AUGGCUGUUCAAAACUAUGGCGACUUUGUGCGUAUAGGUCCAAACCACCUUGCUGUGGGAAAUCCCGCCGCAAUUGAGACCGUGUUUGGGACCAAGAAUGGUCGCGCGUGGCGGAAGGGUGGUCUUUACGAGGGAUUUAACAUGCAUAUCCCGAAUGCUCGUACGGACAACUUCUCUGAGCGGGACGAGACAAAGGCUGCCGAGAGACGGCGGUUGGUCGGUGCCAUGUAUUCCCAGAGCAAUGUCCUCAAAUACGAGCCCUGUAUCGACAGGCUGAUUGACUUGUUCCGCCAGCAAAUGAAGAACCUUUCCGAGUCUGGCGAAUCCAUGGAUAUGAGCGUCUGGCUAGAGCGUUACACCUUUGAUGUGAUGGGCGAGAUCUUUCAUGGCCGUGAGGGUGGAUUCGGCAUGGUCCGUGACGGGAAGGACUAUAACCGCUGGUGCUAUCUCAUGAGCGUUAUGCCCGAUGUGGGCGCUUCCAUCACUUAUAUGCCACGGGGCUUCCAGUCUCUAUAUCUGCUCUCUCAAUUGGUGUUUCGGAACACCCGAGAUGGUAUUGUGGGUAUGCUGGAUACUGUCACGCAGGCUAAAAAGGCCGCCAGCGAGCGAUGGAAGUUGAUGCAAGAAGGAGGUGACUACCCUAAGACUGAUAUGCUUUCCGGUCUGCUGGAGAUGGUGCGCGAGAAAGGUGAAAACAUCAACUGGAACUUCUCAGACGUUGUAGUCGAGGUCUGGUCCGUGAUCUGGGCGGGCAGUGAUACGACUGCCACAGCCUUGACGGCCAUAUUCUACCACUUGCACAAGCAUCCCACCAAGUUGGCGAAGCUGCGACAGGAGAUUGAUACGGCAUUUGAGCAAGGACGUCUCGAGAAUCCGGUGCGCUUCAGUGCCGCACGGAAGCUCCCAUACCUUCAUGCCGUUGUGAUGGAAAGUAUGAGAAUACAUCCGUCGACAGGAGCUGGAUUCCCACGGGAGGUACCCUCCGGAGGUGUGCAGCUAUGUGGUACCUUUGUCCCUGGCGAUGUGGAAGUCCUCAUGACUGCAGGUGCUGUGCAGGUGGAUAAGCGGGCCUUUGGCGAAGAUUCUCAUGAAUGGAUCCCCGAGCGAUGGCUUCAAGACGCCGAAACUGUUCGGCAGAUGGAGAAAUCUAUGCUACAGUUUGGUCAUGGACCGCGGAUGUGCCUUGGUCGGACUGUCAGCGAAACUGAGAUGUAUAAAUUACUCCCUACCAUCCUGCGAGAGUUCAACUUUGAGAUAUUGGUUGAUCGAUGGGAGGUGCACAAGGGAUGGUUCAAUCGAUCGAAGAAUGUCAUUUGCCAAGUUCGGCCGAGGAACUUGGAAUGA